AUGACAUCUUAUCUUAGGCUCACUUACCUACUGCUUUUUUCAUCUAUUUCUUCACACCAGGGCAGCCUGUCAGUUUGGCAGAAGACCCUAGAUUCCGGCUGGGUGCCCGGCCUUCCAUUGACUGGCCACAUCGGUCCUGUGACCGAUCUUGAUUGGUACCAAUCUGUUUCUCAACCAUCCGGCCACUUUUCACAGCAUGCUCUGCCUUCCAGUGAAACAGCUCUAGACGAGCAUGACCCAAUCGGAAUUACGACUGGCAGUCUUCUAUUGUCAUGCAGUGCUGAUCAAACGGUCCGCAUCCACUCCGAUUGUCAUCAUUUUUUCUCGCUUCAUCAGCUCUCAUGUAGGUUCCAGUGCCGAAUAGUAAAUUGA